AUGCCGUCCUCUCGCUCAGCAUUCUACGCAGCGGCUGUAGUCGUCACCCAGGUGGCUGUUGCGGCCAAUGUCCGGACGACGACUCCGCAUAUGGGCUGGAACAGCUACAACUACUACUCCUGCAAUCCCACCGAGGAAAUCAUCAAGGCCAAUGCUCAGGCCCUCGUCGAUCUUGGGUUCGCCGACCUGGGCUACAAGCACGUGACGACCGACUGCGGAUGGAUGUCGCGGGACCGUGACUCGGAAGGCCGCUUGCAGUUCAACACGACUCUGUUCCCGUCGGGUGGCGUGGCGUUGGGCGAGUUCAUCCACGGACUGGGCUUGAAAUAUGGCUUCUACUCGGGUGGAGGGUAUCUGCAAUGCGGUAGCACCGACUUGCCAGCCAGUCUAGGAUAUGAGGAGAUAGAUGCCCAGUCGUUCGCAGACUGGGGUGGCGAUUCACUCAAGUACGACAACUGCUAUCCUACAGACAAGGUCCUGAUGGCGGACUACGACUCGGCCGAAGCAGCGUCUCCAGCCCGCUUUCAGACAAUGGCCGCUGCCCUCGAUGCCGUUGAUCGCGAUAUCAACUAUUUCAUCUGCCAAUGGGGCGUUGGGACCAACGUCGGCGCGUGGGCAUCUGCCAUCGGAACAUCGUGGAGAAUGAGCAACGAUAUCUACAACGCGUGGCGAAGCAUAUGGCGCAUAACCAACCAGGUAGUCCCGUACUACAAGUACACAACCGUCGGCGCGUAUGCCGACAUGGAUAUGCUGAUUGUUGGACUCGAUGCCUUAUCCCUUGAGGAAGAGCGUUUCCACUUCGGCAUGUGGGCCAUCAACAAGUCGCCGCUCGGUAUCGGCGCGCCUCUGGAGCCCUCUCUCGCGCCUCAGGACUCGCUCAACAUUCUGGGAAACGCCGAGGUCAUCGCCCUCAACCAGGACCCGCUCGGCGAGCCUGCCAGGCUGGUCCGCCGCUUCACGGAAGAGGAGUACGACAUUUGGGCCGGUAACCUUUCGAACUCGCGAUUGGUGAUCGGUAUCGCGAACUGGCGCAAUGCCUCCCAGACUGUGGCGCUAGACUUAGGUUCGCUGCUCGGCGUCGCAUCUGCCAGUGCUCGCGAUGUCUGGGCCGCGGCGGAUCUAGGCACGCUGUCAGGCGUGCAGACGCUGCAGCUUGCGGGACACGAGUUGAAGCUCCUUGUCCUGUCAAACGUGGUUUCGUCAUCAGACUCGAAGCCCCAGGCAGCGGGCUACUACACGGCGGCAUCGGGUGCGGCACUGUCCGGACGGGCGGCCGUCGCGGGCUGCGGCGCCAACACCUGCCUGCCCGCAGGCCAGAAGGUCGGCGACAUCUACCCCGGGUCGGCGGUCACGUUCGGGUCCGUGAGCGCCGCGACCGCAGGGACCAAGCUGCUGGGCGUCGACUUCAUCAACUACGAGAUCGCGCUCGCCACGGCCUGGGACUGGGGCUCCAACACGCGGAACCUGACUGUCAGUGUCAACGGAGGGGCGGCCAAGCGGUGGGCAUUCCCCAUCUCCGGGGGAGACUGGUCCGAUACGGGACGUCUGGAAAUUGAGGUUGAUGGCUUCGAGGCGGGUUCUCAGAACGAGGUCGUGUUUGCUGGGUUUGGCAGCAACCCUGGCCCUGACCUGGUUGGGUUCGAGGUCUUUGAAUAA